ACUGGUAUGAAGGGAAAGCACAGCAAUGCUUGUAGGGGCCUACUGGUCACCACAAGACAGAGCAGACUGUCCCCUAUAAGAGCUCACUCUUGUCUAGACAAGAGUGCCACAGUCUUGGUGGGGGCCACAUACUUAUUUUACCAUUGUGUGCAAACUGCCCAGAUUCACCGAGUUCAAGUCCUCCAUUUGAAUGAUAGUCCCCAGGGUGUUUUUAGUAGAGGGGGAUUUGAACAGAAGGUCUUUGGAUAUUAUAAAAGGUAUAUGAUGUGGUAUACAUGUUUCAUUCACAAAAAUGGUCUCAUGGACCACAGAGAAAAGAAACAGUGCUCAGGAACCAUCAGCUUUUUAUAUGCAGAAAUGACAGUGAUUCUUCUAUCCACCGACUACAUCCCAUUCUUAGCUUAUAUCUUUCUCAGAGCUAUGGGCCAACAGGAAACGAGAAAGGAGGGGAAAACACUUUUAAAGCUAAGAUUUUGAUCAGAUUUAGGAUUUCAGGCUUUAAGAUUCCAUCAGACCUCUGUGACUCAUGAUGCAACCAAGAGAUGAAAAAAGCGGUGACCUUGUUGACAUCCUUAGCAUGGAACAAAAUUCCCUGUGGGAGUGCUUCAGUUAAGGGAGGAAGGAAGGAGCAUCUGUUAGUUAAUUUUAAGGGCAGAUCUGCAUGAGGGAGAAACUGCCUAUCCUUGUGGCAUAUCAAGGACUAAAACAAGAGGCCUGCCAUCCACUGCAGAGUGCUGCUGACAUCAAAGGCUACAGGAAAUGUUAUUAGAAUGAUAGGAUGCCAGAAUUAUUGAACAAUCCUUCUCUGAGACUCAGUCAGUGCUACAGAAAUUGGUGCAGGUCUUAAAUCCUCAUUACCUGUCUUUCUUGCACUCAGAAUGCAAGUGCAAAAUAGUAAUGAGAGCACCUGAGGAAGGCAGAAGGAAAAGAGACAGAGCUGUAAUUCAGUUAAACUAUUGCCUCUUCCAUUUACUCAUUGGGUGGCCUUAGGCAAGAUGAAAUUUGUUAGCCUCACCACCCCAAAAAGCUGGAAUAACAGGGCUGCAAGAGUGCUCCUGUGCAAGGUUCCAGCCAGUCUGCAUGCCCUCUUCCAGCUUACAACAUUUACUUGUUUACAGCACCCUUUACGCCAGUGUUUGACUAUAAAGGCUAUCAGAGUAGUUUACAAGAACAACAGCAAGAAGGCUGUUUUUACCCUCACCUGUACAGUCUAAAAGACAUGCCACACAAAGAAAGAAAGAUGAGGGAGGAGGGGGGAGGGGGAAAAGCUUGCUCAGGUGCCAGUUAAAGUUGCAGUAUUUAUAACAACCAUUCAAUUCUCUCCCUCGCUUUAGUUCACCCCCUGCCCACAUUUGUUUAUUUCUAUAAGCUUUAGAAUUUCAUAAUUAACUCCAUUUGGUUACAGAAGAGUCCACACUCUGAUAAAAAAAAAUCAGUAUGAAUAGAUAGGUGUAUUUUAUUAUCCAGUCUUAAGAGUUGGGGUAAAGCAGGUGCAGUGAACCUGUGGUCCUCCAGAUGUUGAACUACAGCUCCCAUCAUCCCUGACCAGUGGUCAAGCUAGCUGGGGCUGAUGGAGGUUGGAGUCAAACAACAUCUGGGGAGCCAUAGGUUUGCUACCCCAUUGUAAAGGUUAGAAUAGGAUAGCAUUAUAGAAAUUUAUAUUGCACCCUUCAGACAGAUCGCCAGGGCAGCUUACAAUACAAAAUCAAAAGUCUGAUUUUAGAAAAUGAUUAAAAUGUAUUUUAAAAAAAACAAACACACAAAACCCUACAUAUUAAAAGCAGUAGAAUCCAAAAUCUAAACUGAACAUAAGCAGAGGCCUGUGUCAGAUGUGUGAUUUCUGAUCUUUCUUCCAUUGCAGUCAAUGGCUGGUUCUGCACGGAUCCCCAAUGACAAGAAAACAGGUGGGAAGGCAGCGCCUCCUCAUUUCCUGUUCCAGCUGGCUGCAGCCCUGGACAACCCCACCAUCAAGUCACUGGAGGUAAAGGAUGAGUGCUGUAGUUAUGAGAAAAAGAAGGCAAUGCAGAUAGGACAGGAUAUCCUGUUUACAGACGCUGAGGACAUACCACAGGCUCGUAAAUCUGGGGAAAGUGAAGAUCAUGUUGCAGAAAUGUCUGGAGAGAAGCAUGUUAGGUAUAGUGCGGUGGUUAAUGUUGGACUUGGACCUGGGAAACAAGGGUUCACAUCCUCCCACUCAAGACAUAAAGCUCCCUGGCUGACCUUGGGCCAAUCACAGUCUCUUAGCCUAACCUACCUCUCAGGGCUGUGGAUGAUUGUCAGCUACCCACAUGAAGCACCAUGCUGCCUCUGUUAAGAACGGCUUGAGGGAAUUAACAAGCAGCAGCAGCCCUACAAAGAUAUUCCAUACGAACAAAGGAAGCUGCCUUUUAUAGAGUCAGGGUCAUUGGUCCAUCUAGCUUAACAGAGCCUACACGGACUGGCAGCAGCUUCCCAGAGUUUCUAUUGGGACAUUCCCAGUCCUAGCUGAAGAUGGCAGGGAUUGAACCAGGGAUCUUCUGCAUGAAAAGCAGAUGCCUCACUGCUGAGGCAAGGGGCCAUAGCUCAGAGGGAUUCAGUGCUCCACCUAGCAGUGCUGAGACAAGAACUCACUUGCUCAUAACUGUCUGACCGAGGAUGGUAACACAUGAAAAUGAUUAUUGAUCCCUCCCAAUAAUGGCUCUUGAUCCCUCCCAAUAGUGGCCCUUUGUUCCCCCAAAAGAAUUACUCCAGGGCCACCCCAUAAAGCUGAAAGCAUCCUCCAUUGGGUUUGCCCUUUAAAAAAAAUUAUAUGCCUUUUCUAGGCAGCCAAUCCCCGCAACAUCAGAAUAUGGCAGACGUUAAAUGUGCCUGGGUUUGGGAUUUUUUAGGUUUUUUUAACAGCCUCAUCAGGAUCUGGAGCCUUUCUCUCUGUGAUAUGGUGCCACUGAAAUUUUUCUCCCACUGCAAGAAGCAAGUUGUGCCUUUCAGAAUCAGAAACCCAUUGUUCUCUCCAGUGAUGCUACCUUGCUAGAGUUCUCCAAAUUUUGUUCAGGGGUGCAGGGUGUUUUAUUUUGUGUUUACUAUAAUACUGGGCUAAAGAAACAACCCUGACCAUCCAGAUGUUAGUGGACUCCGGCUCUCAGCAGCCCCAGCCAGCAUGCCCAGUGGUCUGAGGUCAGAACUGUAGUCCCAACAUAAUCUGUAACAGGACUAGUUCAGAUUUCCAGAGGGGGCCUUGGCGAGGUGGACCCAGCAAGAGGAUGGUGAAUAGUGGCAUGGCUGAGGCCCUUGGACACUGUACAUACUGGCCCAAUGGUGGUGCUGGGCCUGAUCUGGAGGGCCACAAGUUCCCCACUUUUGCCCUAUGACAACCAUGAUCUAUUCUGAAAGCACUUCCCUCUCUUAUAGAACUUAAGAGAUGUGGUGCCCAAAGGUGGCAGAUGACUUGCUUAAUAUGAAAUGCUGGAAGCUUCCCCUUCUUGUGGUCUCCAAGAAACCUCUGGAGGGAUCAUGAAACCAGGCUUUUGUUCUUGCCAUUGGCCUUCUCUACUGACUAUGUGCAUCUUCCCACAGUGGCAUGAAGAUGGGAAAGGGAUUCUUCUCCAUGCCAAGUUGUUUGAGGAAGAGAUCCAGAGGCACCAAGAGCUGUUUACAGAACUCAGGCAUCUGAAAUCCGUUCCUGUGCUCCAGGCCUGGCUAGCAACCUAUGGCUUUAAAGCAAGAAUGGUGAAGUAGGUCACGAUGGAUUUCCAUAUAUUUCCCACGGCAAAGAAGCAGAGCACAUGGGAGAAGGAACUGGGCUUCAGUUUUUAUCUCAAAUUAAAUGCAUCUAAAGUUAAAUGUUUAAGGAUGUCAGAAAGCAGAACUGAAAGAAACCUCUGCGCAGUAUGCUGGAUACCUGGCACUGGGCAAGAUGGAGCAAUGGCCACUAUAAGGCAGCUUCAUAAAUACCUCCCUCCCAUCUAUGUUCCGAAUGCUGCCCAGUGAACAUUUUUGCUGGUAGUCCUAGCACUGAUAAUGUAGCCUAGCAUUGCAAGGGAGGCAGCUAAUUCAGGGGGAAGAUGCUGGUGGCAACAGCACCACCACACCAUCCCUUCCAUGCCCCUCUGAUCCUUCUCGGCCUUUCCCUGACAUUAUGAUGACUGUCCCAUCUACCUGCCAAAGUUGGUCUGUGGAGCCAAAGUUUCCCACUCCUGUUCUAGUAAAUGGAGCCCAAGGCCUGUACUGGAUUGUGGGACACUCACUGGAACUAGAUCCCUUUCCCUUUGACUCCUCAGCCCUCUUGCAUCUUGUUUCUCCCCCACAGAACCGAUUCUGAAAUGCUUGUUUUCCAACAUGCCGAUUUCAAGAAGCUCCCUCCAAGGGUGGAGGAGACAGAGGGCCCCAAAAUGGAAGGUUCUCUUGUGCCCAAACAGUCCAAGAAAUCCAAGAAAAGGAAAAGCACACUGGAUAUCACUGUGGUCCCAGCUGCUAGCACAGCAGGCACAUUGCUUCCAGAGCCUACAGGUGUAGAGAGUGAGUGCAAAGAAAUGGGAAGUGACAAGCUAGGUUUUUUCAGUAUCAAGGCAUGAUUCCUGGUGGGGGAAGAGAGAUAUUGGAUGCAUCUGAGAUACUAGUUUCUACUUAGCGAUAUCUACAGUGAGAAUGACUGGCUUGUACAGAACGAUCAUAUUUCCCACAGCUAAUACUGACAAUCACCAGCACAGGUUGGUGGGCUUAGAGUUGAGGAAGUAGCAGUCCCUUAAAAGCUAUAUAUGUAUCUUACAUAGAAAAAGGGGACAGUUAGCUGCAGCUUUUCAAAACACUAGGAAAUCCUUCCGAGCUGGCCUCCAAGCAGGAUGGAUAUUACUUCUAACUUUAGCCCCAUGAUCCCAAACCAUCCCUAAUUCCCAGCACUUCUUGAAAAGUGCACAAACAGGCACCAGAAACAGGCAGCUGUGUGUCUGCUUGAACUCUUAAUAACUUCUUCAACUACAUUGCAAUAUAGGGGGAAUGAAAAUUCUGCUUCCCAAGUCCUUGUGCUAUAUUUAGGAAGACAUCAGUUCAUUCUCAAGGGGCAGAAAAAGUUCUUACUGCUCCAUCAAUGAUGUGAACCAAGAAGCCUGGCUGUUUGCUGGGGUAGCUGCAGAUAGAAGCAAGGUGUAGAGGGACAGACCAUCAUCUGCAAGAAAGGAAUGGGCUGAGGUUUAGGUACAACAUAUGUACACGUGUGUGUGUGUGUGUGUGUGUGUGUGUGUGUGUGUGUGAUUCUCAUCUCACCAACAGCCUUUGCCUUAGAAGCCAUCUAUCUUCCAGCAUUCACUGUCGUUAUUUGUAGGAAAGUCACAGCGUCUGCGUCCCUUAUACCAAUAUAUCAACUAUGAUAACCCAGAGAUGAACAGCCCCUCAGACAAACAGUGUGACCUGCCUCCGCUGGAAGUGCAUUCUGCUCUAGAGAAUAAGACAGGCCCAUUGGAAGCAAGAAUAACUCCACUCAAAGGUAACAGGUUGGGAACAAAAAAGGGAGCUUCAUAUGCUCCUUCCUCACAAAUCCAAUACCACAACAAGGGUUGGAGUAGAACAAUGGGUUCAGCUGAACUUGGAGCUGUGAGAGACCAAUGAAACAGAUGAACCUGCUAUUUUAUGUGGUGUCCAGAACUCCCUGUUUAUUUUUAGUCAAAGAAUUCCGAGAGCUUCUAUUGUGGGCUCAGAAAGCCACAGGUCCGCUAUCACACUGCUUCUGCAUACCUGCUCAUGGGACAGGACAAUGGUUCAUAUUGACUAUUUUUUUGUUGCAGAAGACAAAGGAAAAGAGCUGAGAAUUCCGACAAGUGCCACUUCGGGAGCUGCAGCAAAGGCUGAAGUAGACAAAUCUACUCAGGUGGACAUUGAUAAGAUGCUCAGCGUCUGUGCGGCUCACCUAGUCCCACCACUGUCGCCACAGCACAAGUAGCAACAUCUAACAGAAUGCUGAGCUACUCCUCCAAGAGACAAGGCCUGAGACAGAGUCAUUUUGCUAGAUGCUCCUUUAUGCUACCAAUUGUAUUUCCCCAAAUGUUGAUUAUAUUAAGGUGUUAAGUGUUUGCAUUGUCUCCUCACUUGCCUCUAAAACAACAACGGCGGUAUACCCUACCUCCAUUUUAUCCUUUACAAAUAUACUCAGUCUGGCAACAAUAUAUCUCAUCUGUGCUGGAAGGUGGUGAAAGAGAAUAAUAAUUGGACAUUUGUGCCUCUUCCCCUCUUUAAACUGGCUAUAUUUGCAUUCCAUCGAAGGAAAAGGAAGAGCACAUAACCUCCCCCCGCCAAUAACAAUAACAGUAACCAGAAAAUGAAAGACUUACAAAAUGGGAAGUGGUGAGUAUCAUACUGCUCUUUGCCACUAAAAGAAAAAGAGAAUUCACAUCAAAGAAAGAGCCUUCAUUAAAUUAUUUUUCUAUCUUUUCAUGUUUGCAUGAAAACCCAAUCAAACAUUUCCAAUGGCUUAUCUAGUGUGGACCUCCUUAUCUUCACAGGUCUUGACAAAGCAUUUAAAUUCUCAAAUUCCACAUAUUGUAAACAGAAAGUUGGGAGGUUCCCUUACUCUAGAAUUUGGACUUUUCCAGUACAAAACACUGUCCACACUGUCUUUUGUUAGUCCAGUUGUAUAAAACCAACAUCUGCAACUAGAAUUAAGGAUACAGCUGUUUUGGUUAAAAAUAAAUUUAAAAGCUCAGAAUAGAAAAAUAGGGUGUUUUCCACAGGGAAGAGAAAAACAGCUGAUCUAGUUCUUGAUUUUAUCUAUUUUUAGUUUUUCUUCCAUAAUGUUACCAUUUACAAAAACACAAGAAAGGUUGCUUAUUAAUGCUUUAUAUUAAUGUACAGGAUUAAAACCUAGUAGGAAAAUGAAGUAGGAAAACAAUAAAAACAUUCAAGUAAACAGUAUUAUUUAUACAAAAAUUAGCUACUGCUUCUCAGUGUCAGCCUAGUGAAGAGCAGCUCUGAGAUCUGGUAGUUGUGCACUAUGAUCUGCUACGCAAGAAGCACCACAGCUCCCACAGGAAACAAGUCAGGACAAGGGAUAGGGAACAUUGACCAGUGUUCGAUUAAAUCAACUACCCCUGUCAGCAUGCAGCUGAAAACAGCAACUGAAUAUUCCUUUUCUUAUCAACUUCAUAUCCCUUGACAGAUGGAAUACCUGCUUCAUUAAACAACAAUCACUGACUUAGAUUUGGCUUCUGUGCUACCAAGCAAUCAUUGGCGGCAUUUGGCAGCACUGAGCAGGGCAAGAGAGAAUGCAGGAAAAGAAGUGCAAGAGGCCUUCAGUCUCUGCUAUGGGAAAGGAGCACCAGCACGUGCAAACAGCAGGUGAAUGCCACACAGCACUCAACUGACUUCUAGAACAGCUAGUCUCAAAGGCAGAGACUAAAUUGGAAGUAUUUGGUACCGAGGCACAGACUAGAUGGAUGUGGUUGUCAUUCGUGUGUCAACCCUGCAGGAAGCAGGAAGUCUGUAGGAUGAAAAUAUAACAGAAGGAAUGCAGGAAGGAGGAUGCUCAAUCCUCCCCCCUUGCACACUUUCUUCCUCUCAGUCCACUACUCCAACAACUUUUUCCAUUUCCAGCCCACUUUUGGAAUCAAAGCCAGGGACAGACCAAAAUGGCUGGAACAAAUGAUUGGAGGAAGGGAAGGCAUGGGAGAGUUCAGUGGCCUUUUCCUGAACACUUUUUUUUACUGUUACAACAAAACAGGGGUGGGGUUUUGUGUGAACAGGGAGGAUACAGGAAAAUACAUGUCCACCACCUAGUUUGAUACUGAGCUAUAGAGACUACAAAUUGUUCUCUUUAAGGACCGUACUUCUGUAUUUGCCUCACUUUUACCACAUCAAGAAGAAUCCUAAAAAGUAACUUGUCUUCCUGUUCUUAAACAACCAACCAUCUCUAGUGCUACAUUCAAACUGCAAAAAUAGAUGAGCUGUACACAGAAGGGAGACAGACUUGUCCCCAAUGGUAGAAAUCCCACCUUUUCGUUUUAGCUACUUCUAAGUGCAAAGGGCAAUUCAAGUUUUCCUAACAAUACAAAGUUCAAAAGGUUUAGCUUUAAAAAAAAACAGUGACACAAAUCUGCAACAUUUAAAAUGCUCUUAAAUGAGUUUAAAAACCAAAAGGAUUUCCUUUGAGAUUUUGCCCACAAUUAUAAUUCCCCAUUAUACCUCUUCCCACCCCCCUGAAUAUGAAACAAAUGUAUCCAUGUUAAAGUUUUCUGCACAUAUUCAAUAUUCUGCUCAUUACAAAUAUUUCUAUUAUAGGUUAUUUCUCUGUAAUGCCUCACAGAGGUUUUGAUUGGCAUCUGGCUCCUCAGUCAUUACUUCCACAGAUUCCCAAUCCCCAGACCGGCUGGAUUUUUUAAUAGCAUCUACUACACUUUGCAUAUAGAGGCCAUCUUCAAAAGAAGCCGCCAUUGCAACCGGCUUGGGAUCCCAGGUUCGCUGGUCUUCCUGGUCCUGGAAGGACUGACGCAGAGCUUGCACCAGGUACACCAUCCCUUUGAGGUACAGAAGGGGUAUGUCUUUGAAUCCUUUUUCUGAAAGGCCUGCAUGGACAUUCAAAGAGUCUGCAAACAGGAGUUCCUCCUGGGGAGCAGUGUUCUUCUGGCCAUACAAAUCUGUCCCCCGUGCUAUAAGGCGUCCAGCUGACCCUACAAUCAUGACCUCAUGAACAAAUGACCCAGGCAUGUUGAAGUUCAGAGUCACAGUGCUACAGAUACCUCCUGACAUCAGCAUUUGGAAAAAGCAGAAAUCAUCACUUGUGACAUGGCGGAUGCCAUUGAUGGCAGAGUUCUGCUUCACAAAGGUUUUCAGUAACCCAUGAACCUUCUCUGCCUUUCGACUUGUCAAGUGAGUGAGGAGGUCUAUAAUGUAAGUCCCCAUUGUGUGCAGGCCACCCCCACCCAUCAGUUCAUCACAGAUCCAGUUGUACUUGUGGCUGAGAAGGCUUCCCCAGUACACUCGCACGUCACAGACCAGAACAUUGCCCACAUAGUGUUCUUCUAUUAACUGCUUCAUCUUGAUGAAUGCUGGUAGAAAACGCAGGACAUUGCCUACAAUGCUCAUGAGCUUGGGGUAGUAUCUGGCAGCUGUGACCAUUCUGAAAGCAUCCACAGAGGUAGCAGCUUUCUCACAGAUGACAUUCUUUCCAAUACCUGUGAAUAAAGGAGA